CCAGAUGCUAACACAAGAUAAGCCAGAUGGGGUGCAGGUGCUGUAAGAUGAUACAAAGCUAUCUCUUUGAUCCGGUCCAAGUGCCCUCCCCUGGCUACGUCAACGAGGUCAACAGCUGCAAGUUAGAGGAAGACGAGAAUGUCAAGUUCAAAGGCAGGACGAGCAGCCAAGCCUUGGUGCCGAAAACCGAGCAUCCGAGUGAGGGCUUGAAGCGGACGGCCAGCAGAGGGGCCGCUGCGCCCGCUCGGGGGGACCCGGGCGAGGGACACGGCGGCGCAGACAAGACCUGGGGCUCCUCCAACGGUGUGGGCCCCACCCCGGCGCUGCCGCCCGCGGGGGACGUGGGGGGCCCCCAGGAUGAUCGGGGCUCCUGUGCCAGUGCGGAGAACGGGGUGCACCCGUCCCAACCCUUCCUCGAAGGACAGGAUGUCGGGGGGCAGGACGCGGGCCCCGAGGCCUGGGAGGCGAGCCCCGACACCCUGAACGGAGACUGCCCCGCGCUGCCCGCCCCGGACUACCCCGCGGCCGGAGAGAAGGACCGUCUCUGCCCGGGCGAGGAGCCCGGGGGACACCCGGCCGAGGCCCCGCGGGCACGCCGGGACUCCUCCCCCGAGGCCUUGAGCACUGCCGGCCUGAGUCUCUGCUGGAAGGACGGGGACCCCGCCCCUCCCGCGGCGCCCCUGGUGGACUUGGGGGGCGCGUGGGCACAGGCGCGCGGGGACCCGAGCGCGCCCGAGGCCGACGAGGACGCGGCCGUGGCCGAAGCGCUGGCGGCCCUGGAAGCGGCCACGGCGGGGGAAGAGGUGGACGAGGCCGAGUAGGGGCGGAGGGUGCGCGCGCGCAGAGACUCUGGGGGUCCCGCUGCCCACCCCUGGGGUUGGGGAGGACGCAUCCGCGCACAGACACUCUGGGGUCGCGUUGCCCACCCCGGGGGGUAGGAAGGACGCGAGCGCACAGUGACUCUGGAUGUCCCGCUGCCCACCCCUUGGGGUGGGGGGGACGCGUCCGCGCAGACUCUGGGGGUCCCGCUGUCGCCCUGGGGCGGCUUCCGCACAGAGAGAUCCUGGGGCUCCAGCUGCCAGCCCUGGUGGUGUAGGGGGUCGCGUGUGCGCGCAGAGACUCUGGGGGUCCUUGCUGCCGCCCCGGGGUGGGGGACGCGUGCGCGCGUGCUGGACACAGAACCCAGCGGGCUAACUUUGCAGGCUGGGUGACCUCUUCCUUGGGUGCCUGGACCGGAUGGCAUCCGAGAGCAUCCCUGAGCAGGGGGCCGGGGGUCGGAAGAGCUGUGGUUCACAAUUCUGGAACCGGAGGGGGACUUCCCGCAGCCCGCGUGCCAGCCCCCACCUCCCGCAAAAGGUCUGAGGCGGGUCUUCUAGAACCUGCUCCUAGAUCCCAGGGCUGGGUCCCCAAGGGUUCUGACUCUUCCCUCCAGCUGUCCAUCCUAUCUCUUGCACCUGAGACCAAAUGCUGUAUCCAGGGCAGAAGGUGACACCAUCCAUUUGAAGUGCCUAAUGCGCCCCUCAGGUCCCCACCCGCACCAAAACAUGGCUUCACCUUCAGGGACAAACCACCCAGGAAACUAAUAAGACGUGACCACUUGUCUGGCCUCCAGUGGCCAGCAGAGUAGCCGGCCAGCAGUGGUCAGCCACUGUACUGUGAUAUUAAGACACCUUGACCUUAACUUUUCUUUUCUUUUUUUUUUUUUUACAUUCUUACUUUUUCAACUCCUUUUGGGAUCGGAGAGGUUGGUUCAAAUAAUUCUUCAAAUCGAUUGCAUCGACUUUGGGAUUUCAAGCUGCCGAGAUUCAGAACGGCACACUAGCUAUCCGUGGGUGUUCA